AUGGGUUAUAGUAUAAGUUCGAACAACGAAGAAACAAAUGAAGAAAUAUAUAUGUAUAGUAAUAAAAAAAACACUUUAUUAAAUAAUUUUUCAAAUAUAAAAGAAUACAAAACUAAAAGUUUUAAUCUUGAAAAGCUUAUUAAAGAGGACAAAUUAAAAUUAAAUAGAAAAAAUAACUCCAUUAAAACUAAUAAUAUUAAUAUUAAAAAUAUAAGAGAUAAAGGUUACAAUGCAGAUAAAAAUCAGGAUAUCUCAAGAAAUAAUGAAAAUAAAAACGAUUUAAAAAAAAUUGUAAAUUUAAAAAUACGAGAAUUUACUUCAAAUGGAGUUAUUACAAGUAGAAUUUUAAAGAAAAGUAACACAAUAAAAAAAGAUAUAAAUAAUUUUGAAAAAAAUGUAAAUAAAAAUAACAAUUUAAAAAUAGGAAUAAUAAAUGAAUAUAGAAACAAAAAUGAAAAAAGUACUAAAAUGACAAAGUGUAAUACAAGUAAUAAUUUAUUGUAUACAUAUAUGAAUAAUAAAGAUAUAUAUAAAAAUAAAAAUAUAUAUGAUAAUCAUUUAUUGAAUUUUGGAAAUGAAUCAGUAAACAAUUUUGGAAAGUAUGCUUUUGAAAAUAAGAAUAUUACACUUGAAUCAAGUAAAUUAAAUGAUAAUAAAAAAGUGCAAAAUUUUAAACUUAAUAACAAUCUAAAUAAUAAUACUAGAGAAAAUAUAAGCAAUAAAAAUGAUUGUGGUGAUGAAUUAAAUAAAUCACAUAUUAAUAAAUGUAAUUCAUCAAUAAUUUUUGGUAAUGUAAAUAAUAGCAUUAUAAAUAAUAAUAGUACCAAAAUUAUGUUUAAUAAGUUUAAUGAAAAUUUGGUUAAUGACUACUCAAAUUACCACAAUGGUAAUAAUAUUUUAUUUCCUAACGAAAAUGCAAAAAUGUCUUACUAUAAUAAUUUUACAUACAAUGAUAAUAUUUUAGUGAAUAAAAAAAAUUGUGAGGAUAAUAAUUUUGAUUUAUAUAAUAAUAAUAAUAAUAAUAAUAAUAAUCAUAGUGAAAAUAAUAAUAAUAAUAAUAAUAAUAAUAAUUCAAAUUCUUACAAUGUAAACAACAAUGAAAGUGAACAAAAAAAAAUGAUGGAUUAUAAUUUAUAUAUUACUACAUAUUUAAACAUGAAAAAUAAAUUAAAUUCUUAUAAAGCUAAAACGGAUGAAUUAAAUAUGAAAACAAAAUUAAAAGACAGUGAUUAUUGCAAAUAUUUAUCACAUAAUAAUACGGUAAAUAAAAUAGAAUUUUUAGAAAAAAAAAUAAAGAAUAAAAUAUCUGAUCAAAUGGAUUUAAAUUCUCAAAAAAAUGUUUGUAGAAAUGCAGAUUUUUUUAAUAGUAAUGACACUAAUAAAUAUGUAUCAUCUUUUCAUUACAAUGAAAAUGUAGAUGAUCCAAAUAACUUUUAUAUAAGUAAUAUUUUAAAAGAAAAAAUAAAAAAAAAGAAUAAACAUAAUUUAACAGUAAGUCAAGACUUUACCAUAAAAAAAAAAGAAGAUAUUUUAAAUUUUAACAAAAAUAUUCAAUACGACUUAAACAGCAAAAAAUAUAAUUCCUUAAAAUAUGACAAUGACUCUACCUAUACCGAUAUACAUGAUUAUUUGAAUUGUUUAAGAAAUAGAAGGGGUGUUAAUACUGGAGUGGAUGAUAUAAAUGCAUUUUGUGAAUAUAAUAAUUGUGAGAAUAAAAAAGUUACAAAAAAUAAUAUUGUUGAAUCCAAUUUAGAUAAUGAGGAAGAUUAUGCCAAAAAAAAUGAUAUUAUAAACAUGAAUAAUAGUAAAAAAAAACUUCUUUAUAUUAGAUUAGAUGAUAAUGAAAAUAAUUGUUUAGAUGAAAAGAAUCAUAAUUAUUACAUGAAUAUAAAAAUGAGUAAACAAGAAUGCGCUGCACCUCAUGCUAAUAUGCGUAAUAAUUAUGAUCAUAUAAAUAAUUUUAAAAAUGUAAAUAAUGUAAAUAAUGAUAAAUAUUUAAUUGAUUCAUCACAUAUACUAUUAAAUGAAAAUAUCUUAAAUGACAAUAUCGUUGGAAUAAAUCCUAUUUUAAGAGAGGAAACAAAUAAUUAUAAUUAUUUAAGUUAUUGUAAUUAUUUAAAAAGAUCAUCAGAAUUAGAUGAAAAAGAUAAUAAUAAUAAUAUUACAAAAAAAAUUAUUAUGUAUAAUGACUCUGAUAAAAAUUUCAAUAUAAAUAACUUCGAAGAAAAAAAUCAUACGUCAUCGAGUGUAUCAACAUAUUCAUCUCUAAAUAGUAAUCAUAUAAUUAAAAUGAACAACGAGAAUUUUAGCAAAUGUAAUAAAAAUAUAAAUGCUGUAAAUUUAAAAAAUAUGAAUGAAAUAAAUUAUGGAAACAAAAAUAAAAUAAAAUAUAAAAUAAUUAAUAAUAGUACGUAUAAUGAUAGAAAAUAUAAUGAAUCGAAUAAUUAUGCAUUUAGUGAAGAUAUUUAUUUUCCAAGUGGAAAUGUUAUAGAAGGAUCAUUAAAUAAUUUUCUACGUGAUGAUUAUUGUGCUUUUGAUAAAAAUAUUAACAAAGAAAAAUUAAAAAGAAUUAAUUGCAUUAAAAAUAACUAUAUGCCAAAUGAUCCGCUUUAUAUAAGUAAAGAUAAAAAAAGUGAAAUAUAUAAUAAUGAUAAAGCAAAAUUAUUAGAAAAUAAUAAAAAAAAUGAUGCUAUGUUACAUAAAAAUUAUACAACUAAUAAUUUUAUUAUAGAAAAUGAGAACAAAGUAAAUUUAAGUUGUACAAAUAUGAAUACUAUUAAUAUUCCAUUAAAUAGGAAUAAUGCAACAAACAAUGGAUUAAAUAAAAAAUUUAUUCCAAACUGCAACAUUAUUAAUAAUACUAAUAUAUUAAACAAUAAAGUAGCUGAUAAUAUAUCACAUACUUGUAUUAUAAAUAAAAGUAUACAUAGUAAUAGUAAUAAUAAAUUGCCAAAUACAUGUAUAUUAAAAAGUACUAUGCAUAAUGGUAAUAUUGCAUUAAAUAAGAAUAAUAUAAGUGCAAUAGCUACUAAUAAUAAUUCUCUAAGUAACAAUAUAUCAAAUAAAGAUGUAUAUAAUACAUGUGAUAUAUUAAACGGAAAAAUGAUAAAUAAUAAUACUGUCAUUCUAAGUAAUACAAUGAAUAAUAAUAUAUUAUAUAAUAACAAAAAAACUACUUUAAAAGUGUCAAAAAAUGAAAAUGAAAAUUUUUUAUCUAAAGAAGACUUACUAAAUUUAACUAGAACAAAAGGUAACAAUAAAGAAAAGGAAUUAGAAUUAUGUAAAUCAGUUAAUAAUAGUAGAGUAUGUAAUUAUUUAAGAAAUGUGGAUACGAAAAGCUUACCAAAAUUUCAUCGUACUGUUUCUCUUAGGAAUCUAAAUUUAAAAAAAAAAAAACCAGUUACAGCAACGCAAGAGAAUAUAAAUAAUUUCAAAGAAGAUACGUUUGAAAUAGAUACAAAAUAUAUUGUAAAAAAAGCAGUGGUUAUUGGUUGCAAUUAUGUGAAUGAUGAAAAAACAAGGCUAUAUGGAUGUGUAAAUGAUGCUUAUGUAUUUUGUAGAGCUCUUGUAAAAUAUUUUGAUUUUACUCCUGAGAAUAUUUUGUUAUUAACGGAUAGUUUACCGUCAGAUGCAUAUAUAUAUGAAGACUUUGACAUAAAUAGAAAGAAGUAUAUAAAAGAAACAAAUAAUAGUUCUAGUGAUAGUGAACAAAAUGCAAAAAGAAAUAUAUUUAAUUUAUUUAAUAAAAGUGGAAUGAAAUACCAAAAUAAAAAAAAUGUGGACAUAAAUUCAUGUAACUCAUGUAAAAAUUUUGAUAUAAAAAAUGUUGAUAUAUCUUCUCAUAAUAUCAAUUUAAAUUUAUGGCCAACAAGGAUAAAUAUUUUAAAAGCAGUAAAUUGGCUUGUUAGGGACUCUACUCCAUUUGGUUCUUACGUUUUCUAUUUUGCUGGGAAAAGUGUUCAGGUAGAUAAUAUGAGUGGAUGGGAAGGAGAAGGAUAUGAUGAAGCAUUUUUGUGUUCUGAUCCAUUUAAUAAAAAUUCUGAACAUAAUGUAAUAACAGCUGUACAAUUAAAAGAUUUAUUAUUAAGUGUAAAUUCAAAUUCUCAAAUGACUAUAAUUUUGGAUUGUUCAGGUGGUCAAACUAUAUUAGAUCCGGCAGGUACUGAAAACUCUUGGUCGUAUAUAAAAGGAUGUAAGCAAAAAGGGAUAUGGCCAAUUACCAAUCCUACAGAUAAAGUACACAAAGCUAUUUAUGAUAUAACAAUAUUGAAUAAUAGUGCUAUGAAGAAAUAUUUUUGUAAAUCAAGAUUUUCUGAAUUAAUAGAAGUAGAAUCAACUUCUGCUAUGAUUGAUCCUCUAUUGCAAUCUAUUUCUUCUUUGCCGAUUGCUCCGAAAGCUUAUUGUCUGUGUGCAGCCACAUGGGAGCAAAUCUCAAUAGAAGGGUUGUUUCCUAUUAUUGAAUUUGCUAGAGUAACACAAUUAAAAAAAUUUAAUGAUUAUAAUGACAAAAAAAAAAAUAUUACAAAAAAAAAAAAAAAAAACAGCAAGGAAAUAUUAUCAGAUGUGCAGAGAUUAAACAAAAAAAAAAGUUUUUACGAAAAAAAUUUUAACUUCUCUUUAAGUAUGAUGAAAGUAUUUUUUAAUAGUAACAAAAAAUAUUCUACUGAAGAUAAAAAUUCAAACAAAUUUGAAGAAAAAGAUAAAUCUAUGAAAUUAUGUGCUGAUAAUAGUAAUAAAAACGAUUUAAGAGAUUCAAUAUGUAGUGAUAGUGAUAGUAAUAGCUAUAUGUCUUCAAACACUGAAGAUAGUGGAGAAAAUGCUAAUGAGGAUAAAGAUGAUAAUUAUAUUCUUGUUAGUCAUGGAGUAUUUACGUAUUGUUUCAUUGAAGCAAUAAUGGAAUUUAAAGAAAAAGAAUUAAAGAAUAAUAUUUUUGAAAAAAACAACCAAGCAUUUUUACCUAUGACACUAAAAAAUUUAAUUAACCUUAUUCAGCAGAAAAUACAAAAUGUAAAAAAUAACAAAUUAAAAAAAUUAAAUCAAAAACCGGAAUUUACUAUACACCCAGGAGCUAAUGCUAGUAUUAAUAAUUAUUUCGUUCAUUAUUCAAAGAAUAUACAUUUUCAAAAUAAUAAAUGCAAUUUUAUUAAUUCUGAUUUAUUUCCUUUUUUAAAUGUUAAUAAAGCUUGGGAAGAGAUUAAUAAAAAUACUCUUAGGCAUAAAAAAUCAUUAUCAUUAAGUUCAACAUUAAUAAAUAGUGCAUCUUCUAAAUAUUUUACUGAACAAAAGAACCAAAUAAAAAAUUCCUAUUCCUUAAGAUAUUAA